GAGAACAAGAGCACACGAGUGAAGAGUACACGUGCUGCUGUCGGCCACAAUACAGUUUCUUUAACCAGAUUCCAUAAAGUGUUCAAUUCUGAAUCAGCAACAUGUCCACUCGGCGGGGAAUUUCGAUACGUAUGCCACCUCAACUCACAAUCACUUUUCCGAUCAAAGGAAUCCCUGGUCCCAAGCCAAUCCCUUUCUUCGGUAAUGUAUGGGACUCAAUAAGAUCUGCUUACACAAUGUAGGAAUUAGUCAGCCCAUCCUGGAAUAUUCGAUUUGAACACAUUUGUUAAUUCAUCGCGCGACCUUGAGCGAGGCAAAAAGGAAGGGAUCGCUUUGUUUACAUCCUUUCACUUUCAGUCUCGUGAAACAUUCGUCCGUGAAUGGACCUUUUGGAUAUUUUCUCUUCGCCCGUCACAUGGGUAGUUACUGUCGUCUCUUUUCUCUAUCUUUUUUACAGAUAUGCCACUUCAACUCACAACUACUUUUCCGACCAAGGAAUCCCUGGUCCCAAGCCAAUUCCCUUUUUCGGCAACAUGUGGGGCAUCUGGAAAAAUAAUAUUCCUGAACUUGACGUUGCCUUAGUGAAGAAAUACGGCAAAGUUUUUGGAUAUUUUGACGGUUUGAUACCGAACCUUUGGAUAACAGAUGCUGAUAUGAUUAAGGCCAUGUAUGUUAAAGAUUUCGAACAUUUUGUCGACCGCAGAUCUUUUGAAAUGAAAACCAAGGUCAUCCGCAAGUGGUUGACAGUUAUGAAGGGACAAGAGUGGAAGGAUAUUCGCUCAUCCGUUACCCCAGCCUUCACAACUGGGAAAAUAAAACGAAUGUCCGUACUGAUCAAGGAUUGUGUUGAUAAGUUGUGUGACCGUGUAACGAACUUCACCGAAAAUGAUGGGAAAAUUGACGCCAAGAUAACGUUUAGUGCUUUCACCAUGGACGUGAUUGCAAGAUGUGCGUUUGGGUUGAAUAUUGAGACACUCGGGAAUAAAGACGACCCUUUCAUUACAAAUGCGCAGUAUGUUACGAAUCCGCCAGCCAAUAAAUCCCCGAUCGUCUUUUUGCCAUUUGCGUACCCUAAUUUCUUUACUUCACUGGGAAGCCUUGCUGAGAGUAUAUUCGUUACAAAAGAAUUAAAAUUUUUUUUCAAACUCUUGGAGAAUAUACUCAAAGAAAGGUCGCAAUCUAAAGAGAAAUUCCACGACUUUAUAGAGGCGGCCGACGAAGCUAUUUCCGAGUUCACGAAGGAAGUUGAUGGAAAACCGGUUCCAAUUUGGACACGUGAAGAAAUAGAUGAAAUUGUUAUGGGACAGUCGACUCUCUUUAUGCUGGCCGGAUUCGACACAACUGCUGCCACCCUGACUAACACUUGCUUUCAACUGGCAAGAAAUCCAGACAUUCAAGAAAAACUGUAUGAAAGCAUCAUGGUGAAAAUGGAAGACUAUGAUGAAGUAUGCCAUGAAAUGGUCCAAAACGUGCCUUAUUUGGAAAUGGUUAUCCAAGAAGUAUUGCGCUUUUAUCCGCCCCUUAUCCGAGUUGAGCGUCAGUGCACAAAGGAUUACUCUUACGACAAUGGACGUAUUAAAAUUAAAAAAGGACAAUUGGUCACCGUUCCGGCCUUUGCUUUACAUCACAUGGAGGAAUACUAUCCCGAUCCUGAAAAAUUUGAUCCCGAAAGGUGGAGUCCCGAAAAUAAGGCCAAUCGGAAUCCCUACGCCUUCAUGGCAUUUGGGGUAGGACCGCGAAACUGCGUAGGAAUGCGCUUUGCAUUGGAAGAAAUGAAAAUUGCCAUCUGUUGUCUGGUUCAGAAAUUCCGUUUCUUUCCAGUCGAAGAGACGCCGGAACAGCUUCGGUUUGACGACGGACUGGUACAAAUUUUACAACCAAUUCGUGCAGUGGUGGGCAUUGAGCUCCGUCAAUCCAAUUCAAAUUAGUUGGGAAUUUUGUUGUAAUAACACAAUGCAACAUUGACAACUGCUAAUAAAAUGCUUUUGUAACUUCUUUUAAA